GAUCGAACUUGUCAUUUCUUGGCAUAAGGAAACAGAACCUAAAACACUUAUUUAAUUAGAGGGAAAUCAAUGGCAAAGCAAAAUUUAUUUUUGUGCUUCCUUGUGUUUUUGUCCUUCACGAGGUUUUGUCAGGGAAAUACUGGAAGGCCUAAGGUGUGGUGUGUGGCAGAUGAUACGGCAAGUGAUGAUAUACUUAUGGAUUUUUUUGAUAGGGUACCUACCAAAUAUCUUGAGAACAUAGCACCUGGAAAACCUUGUUUCUUGCCUUUUACCACUCGCAGCCUUGCUUCCUAUGUUCUUAACCUUGUUUAUAGGAAAACUGGCAAGUGUCCUCCUCAUUUGGGCGAAAAGACAUCAAUUGAUCCUUCUUAUGGAAACUGCAAAUAUCCAUAAAUGGAUUUGGACAACAGUAGAAGAGAUCCUUCAACAAGAGAAUGCAAACAGCUAUUGCUUAAAUAAACUAUUGCUUUCUAAUUAAUUGGUAUUAGUACCCGCGUGACGCGCGAUGAAUAUCAAAAUAAAUAUUAAUCAAGAAAUAGAUUUGAUG